GUGUUUGUUUAGCUUGACAUUUGCAUGGUACGUACAAGUCCCUGGUGUUGUAAACCCUACUACACUGGCUAGUAGCUUGAGAGUGGAGAGAGACUCUUUAAAGGUCACAGAGAGAGAGAGAGAGAGAGUGUCAGGCUCCGGCAUAUACCUGCAACCAUCACAGUGUUGUUGAUCGAUCAAGAAGCUUUCUGAAGGGUCUUUCUUCUUGUUCAUGGAGGAGAGAAAUGCCAACAGGUUCAUAAACAAAAGAGUUUCCUUCCUUUUCUUCAUGCUAUCAAUUUGUACAAUGAUCUUCAGCACCACUGCAUGUUUAGAUGCAAGCAAGUGUCCCAUGUUUGCCAAAGCUGAUACAGAUCAUCAGAAAUAUGUGGGGACAAUUGGACAUGGCAUGGUGUUUGAAGACAAAACAAGAAUUUCCAUAGAUUGGGCAAGGAAGUUCCUUCGUGGACCCGGGUCAUCUCCUCCCCUAUGCACCUCCAAGUGUGGCAGUUGUACACCGUGCAGACCGGUUCAUGUGACGGUGCCGCCGGGUACUCCGGUGACCGCAGAGUACUACCCGGAAGCAUGGAGGUGCAAGUGUGGCAACAAGCUGAGCAUGCCUUGAAUUCUUCUAUAAAUUUGGCUCCCAAAGUAGAUAAGGGUGAAGUAAAUAAUUUUGGUUGUUGAGGAGAAGAUUAGGUUGAUAUUUUAACACAUUCAUUAUGUGUUAUGCAUAUAUGUAAUCAAUAAUAUUGUAAUCAACAAUUGAGAUUAUUUACUUUACUUUAUAAAGUAGGGGAGAGUGGAAUCAUUUCUUUACAUCAUAUCAUAUAUGAUGAGUAUGUAAUUUUGUUUAGGCAGUUCUUUCUAUGUAGAGACUCCUCUUUAGUUAGUAGUUUUAACUUCAGAGUAUGUUGAUAAUGGAUAUAAA